AUGGUCGGCACAGACGGCUACUCCACUCUCUUCCACCUCGACUCCACUCUCUUCCACCUCGACUCCACUCUCUUCCACCUCGACUCCACUCUCUUCCACCUCGACUCCACUCUCUUCCACCUCGACUCCACUCUCUUCCACCUCGACUCCACUCUCUUCCACCUCGACUCCACUCUCUUCCACCUCGACUCCACUCUCUUCCACCUCGACUCCACUCUCUUCCACCUCGACUCCACUCUCUUCCACCUCGACUCCACUCUCUUCCACCUCGACUCCACUCUCUUCCACCUCGACUCCACUCUCUUCCACCUCGACUCCUCGUCUUUCAAAGCCGUGGCGCGCGUGACAGUGAAGGACGGAAAGAGGAGCAUACCGAAUCUGAACGAGCUGGAGGUGGUGAGGGGGCUCGUGUGGGCCAACGUGUGGCUCUCCAACUGCCUCGCCGCCAUCCACCCUGACACUGGCAAAGUGCUCGCGUGGCUGGACCUCUCUUCCCUGCAGUGA